AGCCCCUCGAUGUAAUAUUUCGCCAUGGUCUCGUUCCGGCUUAUAACAACGCUCCUGGGGAAAUUCACGGUCCCUAUCGCACAAUUACAACCGUACUCGACUCUGCCUACCCUGUCGCCCGUGGUGGAUCUUGGAUAUUCUCAGUACGAGGGAUAUUACGAUGCUACAUAUGGUCUCAACAUAUACAAAGGGAUCAGAUAUGCUGCUCCGCCAGUAGGCAGACUAAGAUGGCAGCUACCACAACGGCCAGCUCAGAAUAGGAGCCAAGUGAUACCGGCGACCGAGUAUGCUCCUCAAUGUCCCCAGUCUGGACCGGCCCCCGAGUACGUAUAACCCAACCAAAUAUGAAGACGGAAACUUACCGACCAAGUCCCCAACGGCCAGUCCCUUCUGGAUCCGAAGACUGCCUAUUCGUGAACGUCGUGGCGCCGGUCAAUAAAGCAAAGCUACCGGUGAUGGUCUUCAUUCAUGGAGGAGGCUACGGACAGGCAAACGGUGCAUUCGACAUGUCGCCACUAAUCCACACCAACAAGAACACAUUUAUUGGUGUCACGAUUCAGUACCGGCUAGGAGCCUUUGGGUUCCUGUCUUCUGACGAAGUCGCCAGUUCGGGAAUACUGAACGCGGGAAUCCACGACAUGCGCUUCGCUCUCCAGUGGGUUCAGGAAUACAUACGCCUCUUCGGCGGAGACCCCGAACAAGUGACUAUCGCCGGCUCGUCGGCUGGGGCGGGCGGUGUCAUGCUGCUUGGGCUGGCGAACGGGGGCGCUGACGGCACUUCGCUGUUUAAGGGGCUCAUCGCUUCGAGCCCCUAUCUACCGACGCAAUGGGAUUACAACGGCACCCGGCCAACAGAGUACUACCGCCGCUUCGCAGACCGAGCCGGCUGCCUCCCGGACCAACCCACCGCUAACCAGUCCGUC